AUGAAGGAGAAAUGGCUUUCAAUCAUUCCCCAUGUUUCCAGCAAACACAGUUGGAAAUUAGGGUGGAAGCACUUUAAGAAAUGUGUGCAUCAUAGACUUAGCAGACGAGAGAAGAAACAAGUUCCAUGGUUGAAACCAGGAUCACCUGCACUUGUUGCCCUGGAAGAGGUAGUGAAUAACAAAAGGCUUCUGAAAGAUAUCGAGAAAUUGACAGAAUUCCACCAUACUGGGGAACUGGACAUUUUUCACUCCCUUAUGCUGAAGUACCAAAACAAAUGCACUUCAGCUACAGAUGAAUGUUGGCACAUACUCAACUUGCAGCAUUUGAUCACAACCAUAAUUGCAAUCGGGUUCAAGCUGUAUUUAAGUCGGGUGGAAACAAGGUCAGCCGCAAUUCAAGGUUGA